AUGGACACUCCUAAACCGCAAACCCUGGCGGGCAAAAUCGCCAUCGUCACCGGCGCUUCAAGAGGUAUUGGUGCUGGCAUUGCUUUGGAUUUGGCGGAACGGGGCGCGAGGGUCGCAAUCACAUACACCUCCAACAGCAGCACGCCCCUCGCAACGACCCUCGUCAACCAAAUCAAUUCCCUCCCAAACCACACCACCUCCAACUUCCAACCCAGCGCCAUCGCCAUCCAAGCCGACCUCACCAUCCCCACCUCCGCCUCGCACAUCAUCACAACCACCCUCUCUGCAUUUCGUACAUCCACCAUCGACAUCCUGAUCAACAACGCCGCCGUAUCCACCCCCUCCCCCUUACCCAGCAUAACCCCGACUACAUACAGCGAGACCUUCAACCUGAACGUCCUCGCCCCGAUUCUCCUCACGCAAGCUAUCCUACCCUAUCUCCCGUCGCAACCCAAAGAUAAAACAGCCAACCCCGAAGCCAGUGCCCCCGCACCCCCCAGAAAGAAAGGCGGCGGCCGAAUCAUCAACAUCAGCUCCGUCGCCUCCCGCAGCGGCUUCCCCAACCUCUCUCUCUACAGCGCCUCGAAAUCCGCCCUCGAGGGCCUAACGCGCUGCUGGGCCACCGAGCUCGGCGUGGCCGGACACACCGUUAACGCGGUGAACCUGGGCCCCGUGCAGACGAGCAUGUUGGAUGGGAUUGAUCGGGGGCUGGUGAGUCGGCAGAUUGAGGAUACGCCGGUGGAUGGGGGACGGAUUGGGGAGGUGGGCGAUGUGACGCCGGUUGUGGGGUGGCUUUGUGCGGAGGAGAGUCGGUGGGUUACGGGGCAGGUUGUUUCGGUGUCGGGGGGGUGGAGAAUGUAUUAA